GAGGGAGGCGGUGGUGGUUGUUAUUGACGGUGACUUGGAAAAUUGAAAGAUGAACAAAUCUUGAAAGCCUCGAUACAAUCAAUCCAAAGUAACCAUGGUUACUUUUGGAGUGUUAAUGAUGAGGUUUAAGUGUCGUGGUUCUGUUUUCUUGCCAUAAUCUUUCGCACCACAAAAAUCAAAGAAAUCCACGUGGCCGGUUUUCAUUGUUGCGUACCGGUGCAGCGAAAAAGGCCUCCUGCACCGGAGAAUUUGCCUUUAUUUAUUGGAUCAAUUUUAUAGAUAGAAAAAUUUCAAUUAUUUAAACUUUGAAAUUCUAAAUACAAUAACAAUCAGUUUUACGGGCUUAAAAUCACUUGGCCCAAAGACAAUUGGGUUAAACAUAUUUCCAACAAGAGACCAAACAUCAUAAUCUAAUUCUAGCUUCUCCUUUCAAUACUAUCGGGUAUUUGUUUCAUGGAUACUACAAAUAUUCCUCGGAAUCCAAUGUCACUACAAGAAAAAUGAGUUUUAGCUUCAAAAUUUUUACCGUCCGCCACGACACGAACACUACUGGCAUCUCAUUUGAGUCUACUUAACAGACGAUACUGUAUUUUUAUUAUUUUAAUUUAAUAUUCAAAGUUAGCGUCUGGAGACGCUAUGGAGACUCUAUGAAAAAAUAAAUAACUAUUUUUUUUUAUUAGUUCAUCGAGUUUGCUGAGGCGAACUCUAAUAAUAAUAAAAUUAAAUAAGAAAAAAACUUUUUUGUUAAGCGCCAAAAAAUAUCACAAAUUUUCACUUUCCCACUUUUAUUCAUAAUCCCUCCGCCGUCGAAGAAGCUUGCAACACUCCUUCAAUCUCUUGUCCCGCAUCUCUCCUCUCCGUUGCCAUCGAAGAACCUCAAAAUUACUCGGCUGUUUACCAUCGUUUUCACGAUUACAAUUUUUCUUGCGCUGAGUGAAUUCAUAACCAAGGGUGAUUUUAUCAAUUUCAUGGAGAUGGACAGACCUGACGGCAGGAGUCCCAAUCAACUGAGGCCCCUAGCAUGCUCUCGUUCUGUCCUCCACCGAGCCCAUGGCUCAGCCACAUGGGCUCAAGGAGAAACCAAAGUCCUUGCUGCAGUUUACGGACCUAAAGCCGGGACCAAGAAGAAUGAAAAUCCUGAAAAAGCUUCCAUUGAAAUUAUUUGGAAGCCUAAUACAGGACACAUUGGUCAAGCCGAUAGGGAGCAUGAAAUGAUAUUGAAGAAAACUUUCGAAAGCAUCUGCAUUCGUACCAUAUAUCCCAACACCACCACUUCUAUUGUAGUACAGGUUGUCCAUGAUGAUGGUGCUCUUCUUCCAUGUGCAAUAAACGCAGCAUGCGCUGCACUUGUGGAUGCUGGAAUUCCCCUAAGACAUCUUGCUGUUGCAAUAUGUUGUUCUGUAACAGAUAAUAAUUGUAUUAUAUUGGACCCUUCCAAACAAGAAGAGGAGAAAGCGAAAGCAUUUGCCUAUUUAGUUUUUCCAAAUACAACUGUUUCUGUCGUACCAGAGAAAUCAUUACAGGCGGGCAGUGAUCCCAUGGCACACGGAAUCAUCACAUCUGUUACUCACGGCGCCAUGUCAGUGGAUGAUUAUCUUCAUUGCCUAGAACGAGGGCGUGCAACAACUCAAAGGCUGUCUGAAUUUUUGAGGAAGAACAUGGAGCCAAAAUCUACUCGCGAAGCAUCUAAAGCUGGGUGAUUCCAAACAUUUUGAAUGUAGUUUACCUGUAUCUUAUUUUUCCCUUACAAGGGUGAAGAAGAUGGAAAUUCUUUGUAGCACAAUUGUAGCAUAUUUGCUCCGUGGCCGCUAACUAAGUUUCUAAUUAGUUUUGUA